AUGAACAGCACAGAAAACCCACUGAUUAAAACCUUGGUGCCCAUUCUGGACGGGCUGAUUCUGGUGACCGGCCUCAUGGGUCAGACUCUGGUCAUCACCAUCCUUACCGGCAGGAGGAAAAAAGAAAGUCAACCCCCGCACGGUACGGACACACUGCUGCUGGCUCUGAGCGCUGCUGACCUGCUGCUGCUGCUCUGCCUGCCCUUCCACACCUCGGCCAUCACGCUGGGCUUCUGGCCUUUCGGCGACUUCAUGUGCAAAGCCAUCAGCUUCCUGGGCGUGGCCUGCUCGGCUGCCUCCGUGUUCACUCUGGCGGCUUUGGCUGUGACACGUUACCUCACGGUGGUGCAUCCCACCUGGACGUACCGGUCGAGGAUGCGCAGGCACGUUAAGCUGAUGGUAACUCUCCUCUGGGUCCCUGCCUUUGCUCUGGCAGCACCACAGUUUGCCUUCCGUACAAUCAGCACGUCCAGCGCAGUGUACUGCUUUGCCUUCCUCUCCGACUUCAGCCAGCUUCUCUACAGCAUUGUUCUCUUCCUCUUCGGCUUUGCUCUCCCGCUAGGCAUAAUUGUAGGGAUGUAUGCGAAGAUCUACUGCUUUCUUCAACGUGCACAGCAGCUGGGGAACGCGCCCCGGCUUGAACGCUACCAGACCCAAGUCACUCACACUACAGCGCUCUUAGUCCUGGUCUUCACUCUGCUGUGGCUGCCCUCCUACGCUCUCAUGUUCUCCUUCAUUGGAGGUUCUAUAUCCACGUCACGUGGCUACAAAACUGUUGCCAUCCUGGCCAGAUUGUUGGCAUCCUCAGUGGCAGUGGUGAACCCUGUACUGUACGUCUUCAUGUCUCAGAAGUUUAGACGAGACUUGGUAGAGCUCGGCAGAGAGCGAUGGGCAUGGUGCAAAAGCUGUCUGACUGGUUGCCCUCAUGUGAUGGGCAGAGACGUCGUGAGGCCCUUUGAGCUGGACACAACCUCAGAGAGAAGCCAAAACUGA